UGAGAGGGAGAGAGAGAGAGAGAGCGUGGGAGAGUGUGGCGUCGAGCGCAGACAGAACCGGACGCCACAUUAUCGCCACUAUCAGGACAGGACUUCACUAUGAAGAGCAGCGGGCAGGUGAAGGUCACCGCGCGUCACUGUGCAGCGCCGGGCCGUGGAGGAGUGCCUCGCUGAGCUCAGGUGGCCGAGGCUUCAGUAUGUCUCCUGUUAAUGCCUCGUACUUAAUGCCGUCCACCUACUGCUUCCUGGGGCACUUAGUCUUCAGGCCUUCCGUGUAUGCUCCGGUGGUGCUGAUAAUGCUGGGGUGCCUGGUGACGUUGCUAGUUUUUCACUCUCCUUCCAAUUGUUUUCGGAGUCCACGCGACACAGACCCAAUCCAGGCAGUCUCCGUCACCCAACCAGCCCUGGACCCCCUGACACGAAGCGAGGCCCUCAGACAGUACGUGAGGAAGGCAUGCAAGGCACUUGACUUCAAGGAAAGCAAGAAGCAGAGCGUCACACUGUCACACCUGAUCUACGACGACACGCAUAGGGCGAUCUACUGCUACAUACCCAAGGUUUCGUGCACCAGCUGGAGGAGAGUGCUUCUGAAGACGACUGGGAACCUGCCCUCGGAAGAAAACAUAACCUCAAUAACGAGAGGUCAGGUGCAUUCCAUACCUCUUCCGAGGCUGGCUUCCAGCAAGAACCCUGAAGAGAAACUGCAGACCUACAAGAAGUUCAUGUUCGUACGUCACCCCUUUGAGCGCGUCCUCUCGGCAUUCAGAGACAAAAUGGAGAGGCCGAAUGAACUCUAUGACUUCCACAAUAUGAUUGGGAAGAAAAUAGAGGAGCACUACAGAGGCACCACCGAGGCAGAGGGACACAACGUUACCUUCUCGGAGUUCAUUCGCUACAUCUCCGAGCCGGGACCUGGCACCGCGGAGCAGCGAAACGAACACUGGCUGCCCAUGCACAAACUGUGUUCCCCGUGCUCCGUGGAGUACGACUUUAUCGGCAGGAUGGAAAACCUGGAAGAGGACGCCGACUACGUGCUGAGGUGGCUCGGGGUGAGGGAGCUGGUUGGCGGAUUCCCAGCGGCAAGCAAACCCGUCAACGCCAGCCAGCACGUUGCCAAGUACAUGGAACAGCUCACCCGGGCCGAGCGUUUGGGUUUUUACGCAAAGUACCUGCCAGAUUUCCUACUCUUCGAUUACAAGUUCUUAUGAAGAAGGAAAACGUAGGCCAUCCCAGGUCAAUGUUUCUUUCGAGUCCGUCACGGCGUUGCCACAGCACGCCGAUAACUGUUUGUUUGAUCUCGCUGGAGAGCAGCGCGCACCGUUCAGACCCUUGUGGUAUGUGUUAAUGGCUGUCUGCCAUUGCUUUCCUAACCUUUCCAAGUACAACAUGUCUCUUAGAACAAGAACGAUAGGGACAGAACACCAAAGGCCUUAAACAUGUUGUCUUAGUUUCUCUAGACAAACAUGCCCUGACGCUUGCCUUCACUUAUAGUCAAAUUCUUGAAAAUUUAGACGCUAGCUUGAAGGCUUGUAAGAAAAAAAAAUGCAGAAAAUCUAGAUUUUUUUUUUUUUAAAUUCAAUGUCACAAAAUAUAAAUGAGAGAAUAAAUAUAUUUGAAUAUACCUACCGUACCAUACCUAACAUUGUUAUGUAUGGUAGGUAUUUUCAUAUUUUUUUGUGUGAUAUACUGUAUAUUCUUUCAAGUACCUAAUAAAUUGAGAUAUAAA